AUGAGCACCCACCUAGCCAUGCCGCCCUACAUGCCCUAUCCCGGCGCCUUCAGCUGUGGCGACUAUUACUGGCUCUCCCCGGGGAGCACGGAGAGCAGCGAGCCCGCCGAGGAGGCUCCGCCGGCGGACACCGUGCCGUGCGCUGCACCGGAGAAGACGCCCAGCCAGCCAGAUGUUUCUCCAGCUUCGUCUAGCUCUGGGAUGCUCACCCAGUACACCCCUGACUCUGCCACUAGCCCCACUGCAGAGCGUCCGUCUCCCCAUCCCUCUUCCCAGAAAGUCAAGGAGGAAGGCGAAGGUGUGGUGAAGAAGACCAAGAGCCGCACAGCCUUCUCCCAGGAGCAGCUGCAAAUCCUGCACCAGCGGUUCCAGAGCCAGAAGUACCUCAGCCCCCAGCAGAUCCGAGAGCUGGCUGCUGUCCUGGGGCUCACCUACAAGCAGGUGAAAACGUGGUUCCAGAACCAGCGGAUGAAGUUUAAACGCUGCCAGAAGGAAAGCCAGUGGGUGGAAAAAGGAGUGUAUCUACCACAGCAGGGAUUUCAUCAGGCUGCAUACCUGGAUAUAACUUCCAAUUAUCACCAGGGCUUCCCUGUUGGUGCCAACAGAAACCUUCAAGGUGUGACCAACGUGCAUCAAGCUUACAGCAGCGGCCAGACUUACGGGAAUGGGCAGAACCUCUACUCGUUCAUGGCUGUGGAGGAUGAGGGGCUUUUUGGUGGAAAAGGUGGGACAAGCUGCAAUACACAGCAAGCCAUGGGCUUAUUAACCCAGCAGAUGAACUACUACCACGGCUACUCUGCUGACAUGGAUUAUGUCAGCCUGGAGCCAGAAGAUACCUAUGGCUUCCAGAACACCUCUGACAACAUUGCACCCUUCUCAGGCUCUCCUGUACAGCAUCAGUACCAAGCCCCUUGGCAUCCUCUGGGAACCCAGAGUGGUUAUGAGUCUUAG